UCAAACUGUACAAAGCAUGUCAAACCAUCUAGGCAGGAGUUUUCAAUAUUUUUCUAGAAAAAUCAAAACAAAAUUAUGAAAAUUAAAAUUCUUUAUCGGCUGGACGGACUAAAAACGCGGGGUAAAUGGAUUUACCCUUUGGGACAUUAACUCCGGACCUAGAUGUUCUGAUCGUGGGAGCUGGUCUUUCGGGUCUGGCAUCUGCCCUAAAAAUCCUGUCCAUGGAAAGUACCCUGAAGGUUAGGAUCAUUGAGUCGAGCGGAUGUUUGGGUGGGCAGUUGGGUCAGGAUAGCAUUCGUUUUGUAGAUGCCGCUCAACAGGAUAUGCUGGCCUUUCUUACCCUAAUCCAGAUGUCACCAAGGCGGAGAAGGCAUGACAACAGCAGGCUGCGAAGAUGUUGGGAUUUGGAUAGAGGAUUCACGGCAUUGCCUGCUAAAUUCGAGCUGGGAAGAUACAUAGAAAUGUUGGAUCUGCGAAUGUCCAAGUUCCGCUCGAAACGAUUCAACCUUCGGGAACGAGUGUCCAACAUGGAGCAACAUAUCUGUCACCAUUUGUUCUUUAAUAAGUCUCGAAACUUUAUGCUCAACCUGGUGGAACUGGUCUGUGGGGUUCCUGCCAAUGAGGUGGACUACGAUGUCUUCAUGUCUGUUUGCAGUUCUUGUGGAGGCCUCAAAAAGCUCAUUGACUUCUACUUUAUCUACCCGAGCCAUUUCUAUGAAAUAUCCACACAAAUGCUGUUGGAAAAGAUAUUGGACCAGAUGCAGUUUACCAAGAUUUCGCUAAAUAGCAGGGCUGUGAAGCUGGAACAUUUCAAAAACUAUGCGCAGGUCACAGAUGAUCAGGGAAAUAAACAUACAGCUCAGGCUGUGAUUCUGGCGAUACCCUGGAACAAAGUGCAGAAGUUGGAGUUCGAACCUCGCAUUCCAAGGGCCUUUCAGCCGCCGGUGGCUACCAAAGCUGGCCAAAAACCACGCCGCCUGAUAACUCAGUUCCAGCUACGAUAUGGAAAAUCCGUUUGGGAUAAUCUUGGAUAUUCCGGAAACUUUCUUAGCUCCCAACCGUUGGUCAGUGGUCAUGAGAGUCGGCCGUCGACCUUCUGCGGUUAUAUCCUGCACUCACCGGAAGAUCAAGACGAAGUCCUGGGGGAUGUGAUGGAUCUGCUUGCAGACCAUUUUGGUGAGGAGAUGCGAAAACCUCUAGAUACGCAGUUCUCCACCGAUGAGCUAAAUGUGGCGCUUCACAAGCCACAAACGAAGCCCUGGUAUCGGGUCAUUUGGUCAAGUUCCUCAGCCGUGGGCACUAACUAUCGCAGUCUGAUGGGUGGAGCUGUGCAGAGUGGUUUUCGGGCGGCUGUGAAUGCGCUUUUUGUGGUCCGACCCCAGGUGGUUAGCUGGAAGGAUAUGCUCGACGAGCGGCCAAAGAAUCUACAGGAAAGUUUUCGCACUGGCAGACUCCGAGGACUCCUCAGUCGUCUCAAUCUCUACAACGUCACCUUCUACAGCCUUUUUGUUCUCGGACUCAUCUGGCUGCUGAACUUUGGCUACGCUAGGGCAUCCUAGGGAUUAACUAUGUCUCUAUAGAAAUUAAAGUGUCGACCUUGUCACC